GCGUUGAGCACAGUGAUGCUGUGGGAGCACGGGGACCCUAAGCCUAAUGCUGGACCCCCACCCACAGCUGGAGAGAUGCUCUCUGUUGCUGAGCACUUCCUGGAGCAGCAAAUGCACCCAACCGUCAUCAUCGGCGCUUACCGCAAGGCUCUGGACGACAUGAUCCACGUCCUGAAGAAGAUCAGCACCCCUGUGGAUGUGAACAACAGAGAGAUGAUGCUGAAAAUCAUCAAGAGUGCCAUAAACACCAAAGCCAACCGCUGGUCCGAGCUGGCCUGCAGCAUCGCUCUGGAUGCUGUCAGGAUGGUGGAGCUGGAGGAGAACGGCCGAAAGGAGAUCGAUAUCAAGAAAUACGCCAAAGUGGAGAAGAUCCCAGGUGGUUUCAGCGAGGAUUCCUGUGUGCUGCGCGGCAUCAUGGUGAACAAGGACGUGACGCAUCCCAGGAUGCGGCGCCUCAUCAAGAACCCCCGCAUCGUGCUGCUGGAUUGUUCACUGGAGUACAAGAAAGGAGAGAGCCAGACCGACAUUGAGAUCACACGGGAGGAGGACUUUGCGCGCAUCCUGCAGAUGGAGGAGGAAUACAUCCAGCAGAUCUGUGAGGACCUGCUGAGGGUGAAGCCAGACCUGGUCAUCACCGAGAAGGGCAUUUCGGACCUGGCCCAGCACUACCUGAUGAGAGCCAACAUCAGCGCCGUCCGCAGGGUGAGGAAGACGGACAACAACCGCAUCGCCAGGGCCUGCGGGGCCCGCAUCGUCAGCCGCACCGAUGAGCUGCGGGAGGAGGACGUGGGCACCGGCGCCGGGCUGUUUGAGGUGAAAAAGAUUGGAGAUGAGUACUUUGCCUUCAUCACCGAAUGCAAGGACCCCAAAGCCUGCACCAUCGUCCUGCGUGGGGCCAGCAAGGAGAUCCUGGCGGAGGUGGAGCGCAACCUGCAGGACGCCAUGCAGGUGUGCCGCAACGUGUUGGUGGACCCCCAGCUGGUGCCAGGAGGAGGGGCUGCAGAGAUGGCGGUGUCCCACGCGCUGACGGAGAAGUCCAAAGGCAUGACAGGAGUGGAGCAGUGGCCCUACAGAGCGGUGGCGCAGGCGCUGGAGGUCAUCCCACGCACGCUCAUCCAGAACUGCGGUGCCAGCACCAUCCGUGUGCUCACCUCGCUGCGGGCCAAGCACACCCAGGAGGGCAGCCAGACGUGGGGGGUGAAUGGGGAGAGCGGAGCCUUGGCUGACAUGAAGGAGUUGGGGGUCUGGGAGCCCCUGGCCGUCAAACUGCAGACCUACAAAACAGCUGUGGAGACCGCCGUCCUCCUGCUCCGCAUCGAUGACAUCGUGUCGGGACACAAAAAGAAAGGCGAAGAGCACAGCAAGGCGCCAGCACCCACUGAAGCAGCCCAGGAGUAGUGGGGCAGUGGGGCCACAUCUGGAGCUGCUGUUUUUCCCCCCCUGUCCCGAGUUGGAGCAGAGGGUCCCAAAGUCAAUUGCCCAAAGUUUGGGGGGUGGGAUGGGAACGUGGUGACGGGGACACACAGUGCCUGGGCACGGGGGGGAGCUGUUGGUGUUUAAUUUAAGUCUGUAAUUCCUUGCAGUUUGCCUCAACAAUAAAAGGCAUCGCACCCUGCGGGGCUCUGUUGUGAA